UACAGAGCAGAGAGAAAUAGGAGAGAGAAGACUGAAAUUAAGUGAACAGAGAGAAAGGGAAGACAAGUGCAGCAAAGACAGGGCAAAACCUGAGGAGGAGAGGAUGCUGCUGCAUCUGAGCGUCUCUGCCUGACUUCUGAGGAGUUUGGGCUCGGACAUGACAGAGAUGCAGCAUCCAAGUGUCUGAGUCUGAGCAUCUCCAGUUUGUGUGUGUGAGAGUGUGUUAAUGUGUGUGAAGCCAUGGCGAGCGCUCAGCCAGGGGUCCAUGCAUUGAAACUCCAGCCUCCCUCUGUGUCUCACACACUGAGGAACGGAAGCAACUUCAUUAAAUGGGACGAGGAUCUGUCUACAGUAACUCCAGUGACUCUACACGUUGAUUCACAUGGAUUUUACCUCUACUGGACCGACCAAAACAAGGAGACAGAGUUGUUAGACCUGACCCUCGUAAAAGAUGUCAGAACGGGGAGAAGCACCAAAACACCCAAGGAGGCCAAGCUGCGGGAGCUGCUCGAUGUGGGAAACCUGGUUGGCCGGCUUGAGAACCGCAUGGUUACCGUGGUUACGGCUUCAGACCUUGUAAACGUCAACCAGCUCAACUUCAUUGCUUCACAGGAGGACGAAGCUAAGGAAUGGUGUGAGGAACUGUUUUCCCUGUCUUCCAACCUGCUGAGCAACAAUCUUAACAGAGACCACGCUCUGUUGAAAGCGUACGUCAGGUUAACUCUCCAGCCGAACGCAGAGGGCAGAAUUCCUGUCAAGAACAUUGUUCGACUGUUUUCAUCAGACAGAAAGAGAGUAGAGAAUGCCCUGGAGAACUGCAGACUGCCCUACAGCCGGGGUGACAGUAUCAAACUGGAGGACUUUACACUAGAAGUUUACAAGAGCUUUUUGGACUUUCUGUGUCCUCGUCCUGAGCUUAACAACAUCUUCAAACAGCAAGGAGGGGAUGAUGGGACGCUGUCAGUCGAUCAGAUGACGGAGUUCAUUAACAACAAGCAGAGAGACCCUAGGCUGAAUGAAAUCCUCUACCCGCCUCUUCGUCCUGUACAGACGAACGCUCUGAUGGAGAGGUACCAACAUGACCAGGCACAGCUGAAGCAAGGGGUCAUCUCUUUACAGGCAUUCUCCACUUAUCUGUCCAGUGAAGAGAAUGGAGUCAUCCCACCGGAGAAACUGGAUCAGUCUGAAGACAUGAGCUUCCCCCUCUCUCACUACUUCAUCAACUCAUCACAUAAUACAUACCUGACAGCGGGCCAGCUGGCAGGGAGCUCUUCAGUAGAGAUGUAUAGACAGGUUCUUCUGGCUGGAUGCCGCUGUGUGGAAUUAGAUGUGUGGAAAGGACGAACUGCUGAGGAGGAACCCGUCAUCACACACGGGUUCACUAUGACUUCAGAAAUCUGUUUUAAGGAAGUGAUUGAAGCUAUUGCAGAAUGCGCCUUCAAGACCUCACCUUUCCCUGUCAUACUGUCCUUUGAAAACCACGUGGACUCAGAUGGAGGCUGAGAGUGAGGAAGAUGAUGAUGAUGAAGAUGAUGAUGGUAAAAAGGGCUCAGCAGAGCGAGAGGCCGUGGCCACAGAGGAAAUGUCAACUCUGGUAAACUAUGUCCAGCCAACCAAGUUCAACUCCUUCGAAGCCUCCAAGAAGGCAGCCCGCUGUUACCACAUGUCGUCUUUUGUGGAGACCAAAGCUUUGGAGCACCUCACAAAGUCACCAGUGGAGUUUGUAGAAUAUAAUAAAUCCCAGUUGAGUCGUAUCUAUCCAAAAGGAACCCGAGUCGACUCAUCCAACUUCAUGCCUCAACUUUUUUGGAACGCUGGCUGUCAGCUGGUGGCUCUCAACUACCAAACAAUAGAUUUGUCCAUGCAGCUGAAUCUCUUCAUGUUCGAGUACAACGGUCGGAGUGGCUACAGGCUGAAGCCUGAGUUCAUGAGACGGCCAGACAAACACUUUGACCCCUUCACAGAAAACACAGUGGAUGGCAUCGUAGCCAACACCCUCUCUGUGAAGGUGAUUUCAGGCCAGUUUCUGACUGAGCGGCGGGUGGGUGUGUAUGUGGAGGUGGAGAUGUUUGGACUUCCUGCGGACACCAGGAGGAAAGCGCUGAAGACCAAAACCUCCCAGAACAACAACGCCAUCAAUCCAGUGUGGGACGAAGAGCCCAUUGUCUUCAAAAAGGUGAUUCUUCCGACCCUGGCCUCUCUGAGAAUCGCUGCUUUUGAGGAAGGAGGGAAGUUUAUUGGUCAUCGGAUUAUUCCAGUGUCUGCUAUUAGACCAGGUUAUCGUUACAUCGGCUUGAGGAAUGAGAAAAACCAGUCUCUGAUUCUACCAGCUGUGUUUGUCUAUAUUGUGGUCAAAGAUUACGUCCCAGACACUUUUGCAGAUGUGAUAGAGGCUUUGUCCAACCCUAUUCGAUAUGUCAACCUCCUGGAGCAGAGGUCUAAACAGCUGGCGGCUCUGACACUGGACGACGUAGAGGAGGACACACAGACUGAGGAGGAGGCAGACACUUGUGCAGAGCGUAAGAACGAUCUGAAAUCAGCUCCACUGGAGAAUGGACUCAGCCCCGCCUCUGGCCCUGCAGGCCACACCCCCAUCGCCACCACGCCCAAAGCCUCUGCGGCCAAUCAGCAAGCAGCUACGACAGAUGCAGCCAAGCCAGCAGCAAAGAGUGAAGAUCUGGUUUUAAGUGUUUUGAUAGAUGUCCCAGUGUGCUCCAUCGAGAAUCUGCAGCAGUCCAAGGUUUACCAGAAGGACCAGAGACGUCAGUUCAAAGAGCUGAAGGAGUUAGUGAGGAGGCACCAGAAGAAAACCUCAGAGCUCCUCAGAGACUUCAACAACAAGUACAAGAAGAUGGCCAGACAGUGUAGCAAGAGCAGGGGUUCAUGUUCCGACAGUGAGAAAGACGAGCGCCUCCAGCAGCUGAGAGACGAGCAGCAGCAGCAGCUCCUGGCUCUGAGGCAGGAACAGUACUACAGUCAGAAAUAUCUACAGAGAGAACAUAUUAAAAUGCUGACAGAGCGACUGAGCAGCCUGGCUGAGGAGAGUCACAAUGCCCAGAUGAAGAAACUCAAAGACAUCUGUGAAAAAGAGAAAAAAGAGCUGAAGAGGCAGAUGGAUCGAAGAAGAACAGAAAAGAUCAACCAAGCAAAGACCAAAGAGAAACACCUGGCUGAAGAGGAGAAGAUUGAGAUCAAUAAGUCCUACGUCAAUGAAGUCGUCCAGAACAUAAAACGGCUUGAGGAGACUCAGACGAAGCGCCACGAUCAGCUGGUGGAACAGCACAAUGACCUCCUGCAGGAGAUACAAGACCAGAAACCAAAGCUGCAAGGGGCCGUGGAGGCGGAUUUCCAAGAGAAGUUCCAGUGUUUGCCUGGUGAGAUUGAAGAUUUCCUGCAGGACAGGAAGCCAGAGGUUAGAGGUCACAGCAAGUCCCGACCAUCGACGCCGCACGAAACUCUAUCAGAGGAGGACUGAGGAGAAAGACGUGAGGAGGAUGAAGAAGGAGAAUCAAGAAAGUGCAACAGAUCAAAACAAAAUACAAGGAAGUAAGAAAGGCAAAAACAGCAGAUGAAAGGGUAGUGAGGGAGCAAAUGAAAGCAGAGGAUAUAUAUUAUAAAGACUGUUACUUUUCUUUUUAAUGGAAGAAUGCUUUAAUGAUUUAUUUUUGGAUUCCAUUCAAGCAUGCACUUUGCUGUAUUUCAGCGUUUAAUCAGAACCCAUUUAGUCUUAUUUUCUGUCACCUGUUAUUUUGACAGACAACUGAAACCCAACAGUUUGUACUGCAUGACAAAACUCUAUCUAUCUAUCUAAUCUAUCUAUCUAUCUAU